AUGACCAAAAGUCAAGUCAGACCUGCAAAUAUACUUCUCACUUUGAAAGAAAAAGAUGAUUGUAAUGUUACAACUCUGAAGCAAGUGUAUAAUGCGAGAUAUAGGUACAAACGUUCAAUAAGAGGUUCAAGAACUGAGUUACAACAGUUAAUGUUGAUGUUGGAACGUGAUCACUACAUCCAUUUUAGUAGAUGUCUUGAUGAAUCUGAUGUGGUAAGCGAUUUGUUUUGGACCCAUCCUGAUGCUGUGAAGUUGUUAAAUUCAUUCAACAUUGUGUUCUUAAUGGAUAGUACCUAUAAAACCAACAAAUAUCGAUUGCCAUUACUUGAGAUUGUUGGUGUGACCUCAACGGGAUUAACUUUCUCGGCCGCUUUUGCAUUUUUAUCUAGUGAAAAGCAAAAUAAUUUCAUUUGGGCUCUUGAAAGGCUAAGAGGUCUAUUUAUGACGUCCGAGGGUGGUCCACAAGUCAUUGUAACUGAUAGGGAUCUUGCUCUAAUGAAUGCUGUUGGCAUGGUGUUCCCUCAGUGUUAUCAUCUUCUAUGCCGUUUCCACAUUCAAAAAAAUGUGCAGGCAAAGUGCAAAAUGUUAGUAAAUUCUGUUGAUGCAUGGGAUGUUGUACUUCAAGCCUGGGAGAAUGUCAUGGACUGUGAAGAUGAAUUAAAGUUCAACGAGUGUGUUCAUCGUCUUGAGCUUGUUAGCCAGCCAUGGCCUGUAUUCUUUGAAUAUGUUAACGACUCGUGGAUCAUUCCUUAUAAGAAAUUCUUUGUGAAGGCAUGGACGAACAAAGUUAUGCAUUUGGGGAAUACAACAUCAAACAGGGUUGAGUCUGCUCACUGGAGUCUGAAGAAAGUUCUUGGAAGUAGUAUGGGAGACCUUUGUUCGUGUUGGGAUGGAAUUCACAACGUUAUUAUCUUGCAACACAACGAAAUUAAGGCGUCUUUUGAAAGAAGUAUAAAUCUGAUCAGUGACUCUUACAAGGCAUUGAGUUAUAGAAGAUUAGUGGGUAAUAUUUCUAGAUGUGCCUUAGAACUCCUUGCUCCAGAAUUGGAAAGAGUAAAGAAGAUUGGAUUCGAUAGUAGUCGUUGUGGCUGCAUUCUCAGACAAACUUAUGGUCUACCAUGUGCGUGUGAAUUAGCACGAUAUGAUCCUGGGAUUAUUCCUCUCCAAGAAAUUCAUGUCAUGUGGACUAGGUUGAGCUUCUCCAAUGUCUCGUCUUCACAAUCUGAAGGGCAAUUAUCUAUUCAGAGGGAGGUUGAUCUACUGCUUAAUCUUUUCAAAGAAGUUGAUAUUGCAGGAAAAGUGACCAUAAAACAUAAAUUACUUGACAUAGUUAGCCCUUCCAUGACAUCGAUGUUACCACCACCGAGUAAAGUUAAGACGAAAGGUGCAGCUAAGAGUCAUAGAUCAAAGAAGUCAACCAAACGUGAUCCCUCCUAUUUUGAGCAUGUGGACGCCUUCAUAGAGUCCUCAACACAAGACACAUUUGUUGAAAAAACAGAAAACAAGGUGAAGAGCAAACGUGUAAUUGAAGAGAAAAUGCAUUGCUGCAUUGUUGGGUAUGGGUGA